AUAUGUUCAAAUUAAAAUUUGAAUUCUUUAUGCGGAACAAAGUUGCUUAGGCGACAAAAUCUUUUAGCUGAGGGAGCAAUGACAUGCAAGCCUUUCUUCGAGUUUGGAUUGAAUAUCGAAUUCGCACGGAAACUUUAUUAAGUUUACUCCCUUUACCUAAAGAAAGCCGUAAAUGCUUCUUGCCACGUUUACGGUCCCGAUUAGGACUUUCGGAUUUCAGUGCACAUCUUGGAGCGAUCGCCCAUGUGUAGAAGAUUCGCCCAUCGGACACGACGUUGACUUAUCUCAUUUUUCCGAAAUCAAUCCCUGAUCUAGCUGCAAUCAGUUCAUCAGCCAGUGGAAGUGUGGAACCUCGGAAACCCUACACUUCUGUCUUGCGCGGGUUCGAAGAUGAGCGAAGAAGGCAAGAGCAGAGUCGCCGCCGGCGAUAAUCAACAGCAGCCGCACUACGGGACUUUUCAAGGCGUCGCCACCUAUUCGCCGCCUGCAAUCGGCUUCCCCCAGCCGGUUCCACCGCCCGGAGCUGCUGAAUCAUCGGCUUAUCCUCCAUCGCAUCCUCCGUAUUAUGCUCCCGGCUAUCAGACCGUUACAGGUUAUGCAGUUGCUGAAGGCCGACCUGUAAGGGAGCGCCGCCUUGCUUGCUGUGGUCUAGGCGUUGGAUGGUUCUUGUUUAUUAUUGGUUUUUUCCUUGCUGCUAUCCCCUGGUACAUUGGUGCAAUUGUCCUAAUUUGUGCCAGAAUUGAUUACCGAGAGAAACCAGGAUAUAUUGCUUGCACAGUUGCUGCUGUUCUUGCUACACUUGCAAUUAUUCUUGGUGCGACUAAGGGAGCUGAUGAGUGGUGAAUCUUCUAGUAUUGGAGUAGUGGAGUUGUACAGGUUGGAUAAUUGAUGUGUAUUUAUGCCUUAGGUCCUGAAAAGAUCUUUGGGUAUUAAUUUGAGUGGAUGAAUUAUAGACUUCCAAAAUCAAUCAUGAUGUUCUUGAUGGUUUUUCUGUGAAUUACCACCAGGUGUUUCUUGCUGGUUUGUAAUAUUAUUCAUUGAAUGUUGCUGUAUAUUACCACCGGGUGCCAUUUCCGAGUGGAACAAAGGAAGAUAUUGUUCAUUGCAUAAUGCUAGUAGUAUUUUGCCUA